CAUUUUUCAUCAUAACCAAACUUGGACAGAUGCUUCCACAGUGGGCGCUCGGCUGUGGACUGGCAGCUCGUUGUUAAGCCAGUCUCCUUCCAUGUCCAUGCUGGUCUAGGUGAAGACGAUAGUGAAGAAAUUCUCGCUCAGACUGACGUCCAGUGAAGCUCAGCAGGCUGCCAGCCGUCCACACCUGCCUCUGUCCACCUGACUGCCUCAGGUCUUCAGUAUGUAUCAGAUCGUCCCGGUGGCUCCUGGGGAGCAGCAGAUGGUGGGCGGCGGUGCGAGCGGCUCCCCCCUUAAGAAGAAGCUGGCUCGUGAAGGCCGGCCCCUGGUGAUGGCGGGUAUGUUGGGCUGUGUGCUGGUGUUGGCUGCUGUGGUGGCGUGGUGUUACUACUCGGCGUCUCUGCGUAAAGCUCACCUGCUGAAGACCGAGCUGCUGGACCUCAACAAAGACGGCUUCAUCAUUCGGAACCAGGCGGGGGCAGUCAUCUUCACCAUGACAUUCAGGUCUGGCACUCUGGAUCUGGACUCCUGCUCCAAGGAGGGAAAUAUUCUCAGCUGCGCUCGCUCGGACUCUGGCAAACUCAACUUCUUUAUCCAGACAGUGCGGCCAAAGAACACGGUGAUGUGUUACCGUGUUCGAUGGGAGGAGCUGCAAGACAAGCACCUGGUGGAACACACCAUGGACUAUAAUGUGUCUCACUGGUACGGCGGCGCAGAGCUGGCCACGCAGCAUUGGCCUAUAUGGAUUCAGGGUGAGGAGGAACCCAGGCCUUUCAUAGCCAGUGACGUGUACUCAAAUCGAAACGCUUUCGGAGGAAUUCUGGAACGCUAUUGGCUGUCAUCAAAUGCGACUGCCAUCAAGAUUAAUGACUCUGUACCGUUUCAUCUGGGCUGGUCGGAGAAGGACAGGACGCUGAGGUUCCAGGCUCGAUACCGGGACUCCCCGUUCCGACCGGCAGAGGGACAGCAGCCCUUCCCGGAACUCAGCUACAGAGUGUGUGUGGGUUCUGACGUCACCUCUAUUCACAAAUACAUGGUGCGUCGGUAUUUUCCUAAACCUGUCAAGGUUCCAUCUACUGAGGUCUUCAAACACCCGGUGUGGUCCACGUGGGCUAUCCACAAGACCGCCAUCACCCAGGAGAAGCUGCUGCGCUACGCCUCUGACAUCAUCACACACGGCUUCACCUGUUCCCAUCUGGAGCUGGACGACCGCUACACUGCCGAUUACGGGGAAUUUGACUUUGACCCGCAGAAGUUCCCCAACGCCAGCGGUAUGUUUGACAAACUUAGGGAAGACGGCUUUCAGGUGUCGCUCUGGACGCAUCCAUUCAUCAACUAUGACUCCAUGAACUUCGGAGUUGGCGUGGAAAAGGGGAUGUUUGUGCGUGAACCUGGCGGUGAGCUGCCCGCUCUGGUCCGCUGGUGGAACGGUAUUGGAGGAAUCCUGGACUUCACCAACCCAGAGGCCCGCGACUGGUAUUCCUCACAUCUGCGAACGCUCAAAAGCCGCUACCACGUCACCUCCUUCAAGUUUGACGCAGGAGAGACCAGCUACCUCCCCCGUCAGUUCAGCACCCUGGUCCCGCUGUCCGACCCCUCCACCUUCAGCCGCCGCUACGCAGAGAUGGCCAUCCCGUUCAGCGAGCGCGCAGAGCUGAGGGUGGGCUACCAGAGCCAGGACGUCUCCUGCUUCUUCAGGAUCAUCGACAGAGAUUCGGUGUGGGGCUACGAGUUAGGCCUCAAGUCCAUCAUCCCCACUGUUUUAACCAUCGGCAUUCUGGGAUACCAGUUUGUGCUGCCUGAUAUGAUCGGAGGGAAUGCGUACCCCAACCGCACUGCAGGAGCUGUAGGUGACAGAAGUGGCCUUCCAGACAGAGAGCUGUACAUCCGAUGGUUGGAGCUGUCGGCCUUCAUGCCUGCUAUGCAGUUCUCCAUCCCACCGUGGGCCUAUGACAAUGAGGUGAUACAGAUAGCGCAGAAGUUCACUCAGCUCCAUGAGACUCUGGUGGCCCCGAGGGUUCUGGAGCUGGCUGGUGAGGUUCUCGACACAGGGGAUCCGAUCAUAAGGCCGCUCUGGUGGAUUGCCAAUGAUGAUGAGGUGGCCUAUAAAAUCGACUCCCAGUUCCUGAUUGGGGACGAUCUUCUGGUGGCUCCAGUGUUGGAACCGGGGAAACAGGAGAGGGACAUCUACCUGCCUGCAGGACGAUGGAGGAGCCACAAGGGCGAGCGCGAGCAUAAAGGGCCCAUAUACCUCACAGACCACCCUGUGGACCUGGAUGAGGUGGCUUACUUUACAUGGGUUCACUGAAGAGGCU